AUGGCGAAUCUACCAGAUUCCCUAUAUGAAGACUACACUAGAUUCAUGGUGAAUUUUCCCUCCGCUUCAGCCUCACCACCUCCACCAAACAUAAGAAUGAUUAUCAAGUGGGUCGAUGAUCUUCAUAAUGAGAUACCAUCCACCUUCGAUUUCGCGUUGCAGAAUCUCACUAUUCAUAGGACAAAGUUUGAGAUCUUGCCGCGGCUUUUAUGGAAAUCUCGUUUUACAGUGGCCAUGAUGUUGCAGGAGAUCACGAAUAUCUACCCAUACACCUCACGUCCAGUUUACUCACUGAACGGGAUGCAUCUUCGAGUGUACAACAUUUUGCUUUUGUUCCAGUGCAUAACUCAUCACCCGGAUACAAGAAGCAUGUUUCUUACGGCUGACAUGGCAAACUAUUUCUAUCCUUUGAUGGACAUUAGUCUCACCGAUAAGCCUCUUGAAUGCCUAAGGCUUGGUGCAUUGGGUGUGAUUGCUCAUAUGUUGAAGCCGCCAGUAGACGUAGCUGUUGUUCGUUACCUUACAAAAACAAAUGCUGUCGAACAUUGCACAAAAGCCAUCGCGAUUGGCUCAGCAGAAUCGAAAACACUUGCUGUAUUCAUACUUAACAAGAUACUGUUCACUGAUGAGGGGCUUCACUACUGCUGCGCCUGCCCUGAGCGUUUUUUUACAUUAGACGGUCUUCUGAAAAUGCUGCUUGUGUAUCUUACUACCAUGACCACACAUCGUCCCAGCUUGUUCAAUCUUGUUGUUGGUUGCUACGCCAAGCUCUCCUACAAACCCAGGUUUUUUUGCUUACACCUUUUCGAAUUCUUGCUCUCAGGCAAACAAGAACUUGAUAUUCUGGUAUGUAUUAGGGCUCGUAGGGGAUUAAGGCGUUACCCUCCUGUCAUGCUGUUCAAUGGCACCUUUGCUAGUUUACUUGAUGCGGACCCACCCGCUGAGAGAUAUCGUCAGGAGCUGAUUAAGAAUGUGCAAAGCAGGGCGGGGGAUAUUUAG